AUUGGCGGUAAUAUCAGCCUAUUUGUUCCAACAAGGGCAGCGACUACAACUUAUAAAUUGCGGGGGGGGAAAAGUUCUGUACCGACAGUUCGAAAGUGGAUAUACACUAUUAUACACAAAUUUAAUUGGCGUGUUAUUGACAAAAAUGUCCAAUAGCAACUCAAUUUUAGCAACAAUUUGUGAAAAGUUGGGAGUCGAAAAAAGAGUAAAAAUGUAAUAAUUAGCCUUGACACAUCUCUUUAUUUUUAUAUUUUAUGGCACUUUUGGCAAUUAUUCCGUCAUAAUUUAUGAUUAGGCUUAGGCCUAUUACUAUUAUAGUCACUAUAGGGCAUAGGGUAAUCUACCACUUGAGCGUCGGCCAAUAAAAAAUCCAGCUUUUCCGGUUGGAAGGGCUAUUUAAACAACUAUUCUUAUAUUAUUUUUAAUGACAUUGGUUGUAGGUAUUCAUUCCCAUAAUAAUAGUUAAUUAUUAAUAGACAAUUUUUUAAAAAUAGAAAAACUAUAACAAUUUUUUGAAAAAGAAGAUAAUGUCACAAUAAUGUGUGAAAAUGGAAUUAUGCAUAGUUCUCCCCAAGUUGACAAUGAAGUUUUAAAAAAUAUAAUUUCCACGAAAACGGUUGUGGUACAUGAAUCCACGUAAAUAUGAAGGGGAAAGAUCACAUGCGCUGCUUGUGCCAAACUGUCUUUUCAGUUUACGCUUUCUGAGCAUUCACGUUUUCCACAUUCUGUGUGUGGACAUUCACGUCAUCUGGAUAAAAAAAAAAAAAAUUAUUGUAGUCUCCUUUUCUUCCUGGCAUAUCGGUAGCUUGGCAGUAAUAAUUAUCUAAAUGUAUUAGUAUUAGUAUUGUACUAUAUAACUUUAUAGCCUCUAUACGGAAGCAAAAAUAUUAACAGACUCCAAUGUAAGAAUAGUUGUUUAAAUAGCCCUUCCAACCGGACUUACUGGAUUUUUUCUUGCCCGACGCUCAAGUGGCAGAUAACCCACUAUAGUUUAUAGGCCUAGAUAGUCGUCAUAUCAUAGUUAUAGGAAAGAACAAAAAAAGUUGAAAUGGCUAUUAUUUUAUUAAUUAUUGCUGGGUUGUAAGACAAAAUUUGGUUUCAAAUGAAAGAUAAAUAAAUGACAAACUUUGGUUUGCACCAUUCUUUUGCUACCCUCCCAGAUAGGCUACUACUACUACUUUUCAGUUAAGUGGUAUUUUUAUUUGAUUCUGUUUUUACUGUUCGCUAUGGAGGAAAUGCUGCACCUGGUGCGAAUCCAGAAAAUGGUGCCACUUAAUGUAUAGAAAAAGUGCCCCGUGGCAGAUCGGUAAAAAAUAUGAUUUUUGGCCCCCCUCGUCUCUCUGAAGUAUAUGGGAUUUGAUAUUUUAAUUCACUAUUCUGAACUAUUCACUGUGACUGCCUUUUUUGCACGAUUCUCAUGAUUCUGCCCAAGUACAACAUGGCACCCUGGCGUAUGUUAUGGGGACCACUUGGCUGGCCAAACUGUCGCCGGUAUAAACCCAUGACACAUUUUUUUAUUCCUCUUAUGUCAAAAUUUUCUAUUAAAAUUAUUUGAUUUCUUUGGUGUUUUUAUGGGGAUGGGGGCUAAAAGAUUCUUGUACGUACGAGUUUGGGGGGGUGUCCAAAAAAAGUCAAGCACAACACAACCCCACCCCCGGCCAGUAUGGUUCCGGUUCCUGUGAGCCUUUGUGUCCGUCCUUGGCGUCCAGAAAAUCUGGUAAGCUUAACUUUUGGGCAGUGGGGUAACCAUAACAUGAUGGUUAGUCACUAACUCUAACUUAGUGCUGCUCAGGGCAGGGGCAGGAUAAGAAUUUUCCUGCCUCUUUCCAUGCUGCCCCUCCAUAUAAAGAAAAAAGUAUUUACCGCCCCUCUGCACCCCCUUCCUAUGCCACUGCACCAGAUUUAUUAUUUCAAUUGUAUUUUCUUUUUAUUUGACCAUAAUUAUUUAUGCUGUGCAGACCGGCAGCGUAAGGCUUGCGAACUGGCACCAGUCUGCGAACAACCAUUUGGCCUUGGGGGACCCUGCUAUAGGCCAGGGGUCAGCAACUUAUAGCACCCGUGCCAGACUUGACAUGCAUAGCGAUUUUCAUUGGCAUCUGGAAGACAUUAAAUACAAAAAAAAUUAUAAAUGGAUCUUGAAUCAUAGACGUUUAAGUUAUUGGCAUGCGGAAUGAAUUUAAAGUCUUAUUCCACUUGGUAAGUCGGAGUGACCUGUUCUUCUUCUAUAUAUUAAGGGCCCACGAUCAAUAUAUUGAUCAUUUUGGCUCCUAUGCAUGUAGAGGGGAUUUGCAAUGUUUCUGUGCCUGGUGUUGAUGAGGAUAUUUCAUUGAUUACAAGUGCUACUUUGUGAGGGAAUCAUGCACUGGGGGUUGGAAGGCUUGAGGCAAUAAACGCAAAUGUGUCUAGUGCUGUCGCCUCAACUGUUCCUUUUGAAAGCUUGUUCCAGUCCCUGAUUGUCUUGGGCAGGAAUGAGCAGUUCCUAUACUGGGUUCUUGCUGGUAUGAGCCGGCAUUGCCUGUCAUGGCCUGGUCGCUGUCUAUGGAGGAGAGGGACGAGUUUGUUUAAUACUGGAACAGUGGACCAGCCCAUUAUUUAUCUUGUACAUUAUGGAGAGCCUGGAUAGUCGUCGACAUUCCUCCAAUGGUGACCAGCCUAGUGUUUUCAGCAUGCUGCCAACACUAGAGGCAUUCCGGUAGCCGUUCAGGACAAAGCAUGCCAUGCUGCCCGUCGCCAGACCACUUCCAACCUGUCAAUGCUCUUCUGGGUAAAUGGCUCCCAGACUGAAGAUGCAUAAUCUAAAACCGGACGGUCAAAGGCUUUAUAGGCUCUUUCUUUCAAAAAGAAGUUUCCAAUCUUUAGAUUACGCCUUAAGAACCCCAGGGUUUUGUUUGCUUGGUUACACACAUUGUUAAUAUGCUCGUCCCAGCGGACCUCUCUUUGAAUGGUAACACCCAGGUACUUUACUGAGGAAACUGGCUCAAGUAUAUUGCCAUGCAGUUCGUAUUUGUGGUGUAGAGGAGUACAACUUCUAGAGACUGAUUAGUGUCUGUCACUUGGCAGGGUGAAAUUCCAUGUCCCAGCUCAUCUCCCACUCAGCUAACCGAUUGAGAUGUUGUAGCUGGUCCUGGUCAGAUCUGUUGGCGAUCGUCCUAUAAACUGCUGUGUCAUCUACGAAUAGUCUUGCUUGGGAUGUCAGUUUCUCGGGUAAUAAUAAUAAUAAUAAAGUUCAUUUCAAAAACACGCUUCAUCCCCAAAGGCUCGAAGCGCGGUACAAAGUCAACAAAAAAAAAUCUAUAAUUUACCACAUUUAAAACUAACGCAACACUACAAAAACUAAGAACAAGCAUACAAUGGCAAAGUCUUUCUAGCCAUUUCAACCAUAAGCAACACAGCCAUUAUGCAUUAACUGGAAAAUAAGGUUGACAAUCAUCCCAGAAGGUGUUAGCGAAAUAGAUGUGUCUUUAAAUCGGUUUUAAAGGACUCCAGUGUCUGGUUGUUUCUGAGAUCGACAGGAAGGGCGUUCCAAAUUGUUGGACCAGCAAAUGCGAAAGUGCCCUUUCCGUAAGUCUCAAGGCAAACACGUGGUGUCGAGAGUAGGUCAUUAAUGUAUGCUAGGAACAAACAGGGGCUUAGCACUGAACCCUGGGGGACCCCUGACUUCACAUCGACAAAGGAGGAGCUUGUACCAUCCACCACUACUGCUUGGCAUCGGUGGCUGAGGAAGCUAGAGAUCCAUGUUUUAGUGGUGCCUUGAAUCCCAUAUCUCUGGAGUUUGUGUAGAAGCAAACUAUGAUUGACACAGUCAAAUGCCAAGUUCAUCACCAGCACGUCAGUUUGCUUGUGGUUCACCAGAUUGGUCAUCAAGUCUUCUACAAAUUCAAGGAGCUGUGUUUCACAUGAUCUAUUGACUCGGAAGCCAUGUUGACAGUCAUUGAGUGUAUUUUGUCUUUCAAGAUGCUUCAUGACUGUGCCUAAGAUUUCUUUGGCUAAUUCUUUGAGCACUCGUGGUUUGAUGUUGUCAGGACCACAUGCUUUGUAGGGGUUAAUGGUUUUGAGGAGGGCAAGCACACCCUGCUCUGAUAUCUGGAUAUCUUCAGAAGGCACAGAACUCAGCAUGCAGACUCAUUUUUAAAUUAAAGAAACAUGACCACAUUCAACCACACAUGCGGCAACUCCACUGGCUUCCAAUAUCCUCUCGCAUCAAAUACAAGUCUUCCAAUCUUUGCUUCAACUCGUUCACUGACCCUCACUUUCCUGUCUAUCUCUCUGAACUGUUGCUUCCUUACAUCCCCACAAGACAACUACGUUCUUCCAUUGACAAUAGAACCCUCUCAAUCCCAAGAACUAAAACUAAGACCAUCGGUGAACGCUCCUUCUGCUUCCAUGGGCCCACGUUCUGGAACCAGCUCCCCUUCCAUAUACGUCAUAGUGAAACCUCGUCCAUUUUCAAAAAGUCCCUUAAAACUCAUCUGUUUAGGUCCGCCUAUGACCUGUGAUGCACCCUCCUUGCCCUACCUAAUUUUCUGUUUCGGUUUAAUCCUGAAGUGUCAAAGUGUCCUCUUUUUAUAGCCAUUUUCAUUGUUUCUAUAGAAUAGUAGUUACUAUCCUAGUGUCUCAUUUGUAUUUACUUAGUUUACAUGUUUUAAUAACUGUAAAGCGCUUAGAGCUUUAUGAUAAGCGCUAUAUAAAAAUGCCUAAAUAAAUAAAUAAAUAAAUAAAUAUCUUCCAUGACAUAUGGGCAUAGACAGAAUUUUCUCUCUUAACACAUAACAAAGUAGUGUCAAUUUUCAAUUUACCAAACUAAUUCGGAUCAUGGGUGGUUUGGAUAACCGAACAUUGGCAUGGAAAGGCUGCUGAAAGAAAUAAGUGCAUAGAAUUAUUAGAGUACACUAAAUUCUUACCUGAUACAUAGAAUUCUUACCUUACACAUAGAAUACAAUAUAAUAAUACCUUACACAUAAGACACACUACAUUCUUACCUUACGCAAGGAAUACACUUUUUUCUAAGUUUACAGCACAAAAUAUAAGGGUCAGUUCAUUGAUGGCAAAAACUGUUGAAGACUGGAAUUUUUUUCUUCAAAGAGGUUGUUUCCAAAAGUAGAUGACUGGUGCUUGGAUAUUCUACAAUAUAUAUUAACUAACAAGUUUGGCGAUUGCAUUAGCCCAUUCUCGUUUCUGCGUUUAUAAUAUGUAUCUAGAUUUUACCUUGAAUGUGUGACGAAGGCUGUAAUUUUUUUGGAUACUUAUUAUGUUCAGAGAUAUGCACCUUAGGUACACUAAAAAUAAUAUUAAAAGAAAAAGACUGGGGCUGUUUAAAUAACCAAUGUUUCAGAUAAUCAGCGUUCUGAAAAUCAAAGCUCAACUGUUUCUGUGUAAAUUAAAUUUGUCAGUCUGAAAGUAGUCAUUGUCUCGAGUUAUUGCAACUACCUGGUACCAAUAAUGUUAUUAAUUUGACAAGAGUAAAUACAAAAUAAUUCUAAGUCUCCAAUAUAUUUAAAUGGUAAAGAAUUAGUUUAUUCUUUUACAACAUGUAUUUAUAUUGCUUUUCAAUUUUACAUUAUAAUAAUUUUAAUAUUACAGAAAGGCAGCUGAACUCAAUGAACUAUUAGAAGCACGAGCAGCGACAUCACUAAGUGCUCUUAAACUGACAGGUUCCUGCAAGUUUGUUGUUUGUGUAGAUCUUGCAUCUAAAAUUUAUGGCUGUACUCUUAAUCAAGUGAGAAACAAUUCCUUUAGUCUCUCUAACUAUUUAUUUUGAGGCAUAAUUUUAUAAAAGGUCUCCAAAAAAAGUCUAAGAAAAUUUUUUUGUCACUAUUCAAGUUUUCGGAAAUGAAAAGCAACUUAUUUAAAUGUUCAUCCAUGGCUAUUUGCCAAUUUUUCAAUAUAUAUAGGGUCCCUUAUCAUGGUGGUGGUGCUGGGGGUUUUCUAGGUGGCCGAGCGGUCAAAUCUGAGUCAAUAGCAAGAUUGUGGACUGGAUCUCAAUCCCCAGAAAAAGACAAGCAAAAACAACACCAGCACCCCAGGUGGAUGGGACUUUUUAACCUGGAUGGCAACUCAUCUAAGAGAAGGAAAACUCUGAAAUCAAACCAGGGUCACUUACACAAUGAAAAUUCAGACAACUCCUCCGACGUGGAACACUUAAAGAGCACAGUGAUACUCACAAAUAGACACUGCUGGUCAUCUACUGUAUCCUGCGCUAUUUACAGUCGACUUGACUAAGUCUUGUAAUUGGAUCAAAUAGACAAGCACAAGAUAAUGAGGCUGACGAAUUGAGCAACUCUCCCUUACUUUAAUCAAAAUUAUGCUCAAUUUAAGACUACUUUUCAGGACAAGCCUUGGUCAUCUUCACGUGCGAAGUACAAACAAUAAAAAUAAUUUAGGGGCUUAGGUUCCAGUUUGGAGAUUGCAUUAAUCCAUUCUGGUUUCUGCGUUUACAGUAUAUAUCUAGAUUUUACCUUAAUUGUGGGAUUGGGGCCAUAAUUGUUUGUAUGCAUUGCUCCAUGCUAGAUAAACUAUAAACCAUCUUAAAACCUUCCCCAUCCUGUUAUUAAAUUUUCCACCACUCAUCCUAAACAGCUUAAAAGCCUCAGAAGGUGUAAAUGUAUAGGUGACAUCGUAGGGCUUAAAAUAAAUUCAAUAGUUUAAGAAAAUUUCAUAAAAACACAUCACAUCAGAGCAACACUAUAGCCAGCCAUCAGACAUGGAUUUGAAAUGGACAAGGAAAGAUGCUGAAUGCAUGCUAUUUGCGAGAGGCGAAGGAGACUGUUGUCACAGUUGCUGAGCCAAUCAGCGCCCAGGAUACAGAACUCUGGUUGGUCGCCUCCCAUCCAUCAGCCAAUAGUUUGCCCAAACUGCGUUUUUCACUCAUGCGAGUGUUUGUCUACUCAUCUGCUGUAAGCUACAUAUUUUAUUUCUUUUAAUAUUCUUUUAAUAUGUUUUAAUUAAUGUUUUAUAUAUUAUUUUUUAAAUUCAUUUUAUUAAGGCUAGGAAAUCCUAAUGUUGCUGUAAAAGUAAUUAGAAAAAUAAAUUUAUAAAAAUACUUAUAAACCACAAAAUCCAGCGAUAUAGCGAAAAAUUCACAAUACAUACUAGUGAAAAAUCUGCGAUAGAGUUAAAUCAUGAAAAGUGAACCCAUGAUAGACGAGGGAUCACUAUAUUUAAUUCCAGAGUGGAUCUUGUCCUCCCUGCUCCCAUUGCACAUCAUGCUGCUCUCUCAUUCAUUGCUUCCCAGGCUGUGCACUUGAAUCGUGUUCACACCAAAAUGCAUGCAAACGAUCACAUUUGUAUGUCACUGAGUAAAAAAAACAAGGUCUACCACAUUGUCACCUCCUCUUAAUACUUGGCAAUGAUGAUAAACCCAGAACUGUGGUAAAGGCCACAGAUCCUAGGCUUUAGAAAAUUGUACAUGGUCAAUGGUUUUCUUAAAAACAAUGCAGGUAUGGUGGCCCAAACAUUUUAUUAUUUACCUAUAUUGUUUUAAGAUUUUAAAAAAAAUUGUGCGUAUUCAUUUUAACUUUAAAUAUAUAUGAAGCAGGAUGAAAGUUAAACAAUUGCAAAGGCACAAUUUCAUACAUAAUUAUAUUAUAUUAUAAGUAAAGGCAAGUUUUGAAUUUUCACCAAUUUAUGUCAUAGGUUGAUGUUGUAAGGUUGUCAAGUAUGAACAAGAGAUCCUAUUGUGAAGCUGCCAAAGUGAUUGCAAGCAUUUUGGAAUUGGAAGAUCGUGUGACUCUCAGAGAACUGGCCAUUCAGUAUGGUUGUAGUGGGAUUGUUAAUCUGGCAAAUAAUAUAAUUCAAAGGUACAUUUUAAAAAUUAAUUAUAACACUAUUUAUAUUAUUAAAGCUGUUGAAGCUUCGUCAGCAUUGACUGUUUUGUCAACAUUGAAUGUUUUAACACAAAAAUUAAUACAAUUUAAGAACAACUGAACCAGUACCAGAUUUCAAAGGUCAAGCUGAACUAAUUAAAUUCAAAACAGCCCUCAGCUAACUAAUUUAAAGAAACAUGCUAACUAUGCCGGUAUUAUGAAAAUUAAAAGUGAAGAUCCCUAUAGAUACUUCUUUAUCUCAGUUAUAGUCAGCUAUAGUCAACUCUUUAAUUAAAAUUUUUAAGUAGAGGUGGCCAGCUUGUGCGCUCAGCCCUCUAUUCAAAUAUUGCGGCUCACUGAUGCCUGAUUUUUCACAAUAAACGUAUUCAUUCUUCAUUCGUUUGAAAAAAGAAUUGAUUUUAAAAUCAUGAGUGAGAGAAAAGAUGAAUGAAAUCACAUAAAAAAACAUUCCAUUGGUUUUAUACUGGGUUUUUUUUUUUAGCAUAUCCAUAUGGGCAUAUAGAAUAUAUAAAUAUAUCUAUACAGCAUUUACUUGGUGUUUAUUUUAAUAUUUUUAUAUAAGGUGUAAUGACAAAUGGCCUGUGAACAGUGUUCUCACUAUCAAAUUAGCCUACAAAGCCUUCUGGGUUGGCCACCCCUGGUUUAAAGGAUCAUGUAUGAUUGGUUUUUUAUAUAUUUUUUGUUUGUAAAGACAUUCAGAUGAUGAUUGUUCCAUAAAUAUUUGUUCUCAGGUACACCAGGGAUCAAUGUAGCGAUGUUGACUUUUAUUCACCAAUGUUUCUGUGUGCUGCCCUCAUUGUUGCAAGCAGGUAGAAAUUUAAUUUUGUACAAGAUAAUUUUUAUCAGACUUGACAAGAGAUAUAGAUUCAGUCUAAUUUAAUUUACAAGAUAUUUUUACUACUCAUUUUAUUACCUAUUUAAAUCAGCUUAAUAGGACAUUGUAAAAGAGAAUUUGCAUAAGGCAAUCUACAUGUUAUAGCUAAGACCAGGCCUGUUCAACUCAAAAUGUAAGGCGGGCCAUAAUACUUUAUGAAAAACUUGUGUGGGCCAAAAUAAAAUAGGACACUUGUGCGGGCCAAGAGAAAAUAGGACAGAGGGAAGCUAUUAAGAAAAUAAUAAGAAUAAAUAAUAUUUCGAUACUUUGCGGGCCGCAAAGUGGGUGCUGGCGGGCCACAUGUGCGGGCCUGGUUAAGAACCAGAGAUUAGGUUGACCUCUGAAUUUUAUUACUAUACAAUAGCUUUACUUGCUUGAAGUAUUAAAACAGUUAUAAAUCAGUAGCAUUUCUAAUUUCUUAGCGUUUGUACUUGAUUACCAUAAAAAUAAUCAAAAUGUUAUCAACUUCAUGAAAACAAUGUGUUUCAGCCGAAUAGUUACGAACAUCAAUUCACAUUGAGCCAAAUAGUAAGAAUCACUUUUUUGGCUAAGCUCAAGUUCAAAUUUGUAUUUAAAGAAACUUAAAAAAUUAAAAACAAAAAACUAUCCAUGAAAAAUAAAACUCUCUUACCAUUUGAUAUUUCUGAAUAUUUUUGACAGAGCCCAAAAGAUUAAAAUGAAUGUUGGAAAACUGCGGGAGCGCAGUGGCAUAAAAAAGGCAACUCUUGACAAAUUAAUAAAUGAGAUGGAAAAGUAUGUUGAACCAGAUCCAGGUACAUAUACAGAUUUUUGUUGUUGGGUUUUCAUUUUUUUAAAGCAAAUAGUUUUAUUUUAUCUAAAUUUCUGUUAAAAAUAAUGACACCUUUUCUCCAUCAUAUUUACCUUAAGCAGUAUUUGAAGGGCUGAGUAGAAAAAGUACUUAAUUUACAAUUUUUCAAAAAUGAGGUAAGCCUGUUAUUAUAUCAGAUUACGUCCCCUGAAUCAUUCUGUAAUAAUCAUAUAAUAUCAUUCAUGAAAAUGUACAUGAGUGUUUCGUUCAGAGUUACUUCGAGCAAUUUUUAAUGUAUUUAAUAUGAAAAUGCAAAAAUACACUUAAGUACUUUUUAUACUUGGCCCUUCAUUUUAAAAUGUCUCUUUUGUUGUUCUUUUCAUAGAUUCAAAGAAGCAGACACCAACUAAGAAAAGAGGUUUAAUGGAGGCUAUAGAAGCUCAAAUUGAGAGUAAGUUACUUAAGUUAUGACUGCUAAGACGGAGUUGAAAUGCAUAAAUGUUGAAACCAACGGGGCAGAUAUUUAAAGCUGAAGUAUAUUCAAUUAUUAAAAUCACUGAGAGUUACUGUGCUUAGUUCAAAUUUAUUGUUUUAUUUUUAUGAUAUACCAUGCAUAUGAUAUAUAAAUAUUGUAUAUAAUAUAAUUUUAAUAGUGUGCACAGAUUUAUGAAUGUGAGGGGUGAAUAUUGGAACUAAAAUUUUAUUCACAUUGGAUUUUAUUUUUACUAGUACUCCUAAUUUCAUAUAUAUAAAUUUGAGCUCAUAAAAAAUUGUUUUCUGUCUUUAGAUUUAGAUGGACAUUCAAAAAAAACAAGAUCAGAUGCCUCAAAUGGAGAAGGUUCUGAGUGCGGUUUAGUAUCCAAGUCAGAUUAUGAGGAGUGGAAAAAGAAAAUAUUAGCCAAAGCACAAUCAGCAUCCUCCUGAUCUUUGCUGGAGACCUGUAGAAUUAGAAUAUCCUCUUAUUAUUUAAAUUAAUUAAAUGGAAUGAAUAAAUUAUAUACCCUGAAUCAAUAUAUUUAUUAGCUUAAAUUAUUUUCAGCAAAUUGGAAGAAAAGGGACUGGUUUUUGAUAUUGUUACAGAUCUUUAAGGUGACUGUUGUUAGUUCAGGAUUUCUUCAUCCUUUUAUAAACAGUACCCUUUUUCUUUUCUUUUCAAAUGUUCGAAUGGUUUAUUAUGCAGAUUUUAAGAUAUAUUUUUGUUCCCUCAUGCUCACUACCAAAUUGCUAAAGUCACUGCAUUGUUUCUUUACUGGAAUGAAACAAUUAAAUCAUUAAUCUGGGUUUGAAAUUCAGAUGCAGUGGAGAUUCUUUUUUAUCAAAAAAUUGUAGUCUGACAUAUUGACUGCUAUAUGAGAAAUAUUUUGUUUCUUUUUGUGUGGUUUAAGAACACGGGAAGAGAGAUAAAGCAUUUACAUCGUUAAACUUUUUAUUUAUAAUUUAUUUUAAUUCAUGCAGUAACUUUGUUAUGUAAAGAAGUGUUUUGUGUGGCUUAUUUUGAAUGAUUAUGUCACAGAUCAAAUAUUUAGAUAUUAAUUUUGUUUCGGAAAAUAAUAUAUUGUUUUGUUAAGUAGAAAAACAGGAAGUUAAGGAAUUAUGGGAUGGAAGAAAACUGAGACAGUGACGGUUGGAGAUAUUUUUAUUAGCACUUGCUACGGUCAUUUAGUUAUUGAACAGCAUCCUAUUGUUGAUUGUGAAGUGGAUGAGGUUAUAUGAAGAAUUAUAUUUUGCUCUGAUCUACAGAGAUAUUAUUUUAUUAUGUAGCGUACGUUGAUCAGUUAAUUAAUGUCGUGAUGCAAAUUCAAGGAGUUCUCUGGUACUUGUUUGGAUAAUCAUGGACAUAUGUAAAUGUGUAUGAAUAGUGUAAGCGAUAACUACAAAUCUACACCCACACAUAUAUGAUCGUUACAGAUAAGUUCAUAAGUAUUUAAGUUUAAAAAUAUUUAACAUAACUUAGCAAGU